UUCAUGAGUUCCUGUUUUGUGGGAGUGUAAGAUUAUUUUGGCUUUUAGCUUAUGUUCUCAUCUAUUUUGUAAUUAUUGUGUUAAAUAUGAGCAGGUCGGAUAUAUCUGUUUUUUCUUAACCUGUCUUCAACCCGACCAUAUCUGAUCCGAUCCGCUUGUGCGUAGGUGUUUGUGUUGUAUGAAAGAAGGAUUCUUCCAUUGCUAGCUAGCUGCAACAACUUCAAGCAGUAUGCCGAUGGAUUGACAGUUAUACUUAGCUGUCCAGCAAAGUGAGUUGAAGGUGUUGGAUGAAUACAAGAACCAAAUUACAACCGGGUGUUGGAUGAAUACAAGAACCAAAUUACAACCGAAUUAACUCCUUAUAAGAACACCGUCCUCCAUGUCGCGGCUGAAUUUGCUGAUUUAUCUCGGAUACAAGCCGAGCAGUUUCUUGGAGUGGUUGGUCCAGACUUGCUUUUCAGCUUCAAUUCUAAUGGAGAUACUUGCAUUCAUGUGGCUGCCAGGCAAGGCCAUUUCAAUCUUGUCAAGACUCUCAUUGGCUACAUGAAAAAUCAUCAAGGGCUCGACAUCGAGGCAUGCCAGGAGUUGCUAAGGAUUACCAAUAACGAUGGAGACACGGCCUUGCACAAAGCUGUAAGAUACGGGCAUCACAACAUGGUGAAACUCUUGGUAAAAGAAGAUGCUGACUUCUUUCAUCCACCUAACAAUGCUGGGAAAACUCCACUCUAUUUAGCUCUGGAGGGAGGAGAUGAAGAUUCUGCAAGAUUGAUCUUGUGCAACUCUAAGUCAUUAUCUUAUGCUGGGCCUUGUGGCACAACUGCGUUACAUGCUGCAGCGAUAUAUAAUGCAACAGAAUGGCAGAUAAACAAAUGGCUUAUGAAACCACGCGCGAAAGAAGACAAUAAAACACCUCUGCAUUUAGCAGCCAUUAAUGGUAAAUUAAAGGCAAUGGAAGAGAUUUUAGAGCAGUGUCCAGAUUCCUUAGAGGCAGUAACUACUCAAGGCCAAAAUGUUCUUCACCUUGUAGCAGAGAAUAAUAAGCAGAAAAUAUUGUUGAUUAUGUUAAGCCAAUCCAGGUUCAAAGCCCUCAUCUUCCAGAAAGAUGUUGAAGGGAAAACACCCCUUCAUCCACGUGAUUACUCUUAUAUCAAAAAAGGAAAAUGCCUCUUAUACCACCCAUUCUUGGAAAAGAAUAGCUUCAAAAAAAGAGAUAAUGUCCCGCACAGACUUGGCAUACUUCUUCAGCAAAAAACAAAUACCGAAGGUGAGACAUUUUUUCUUAUACUAUGCAAUUUUAUUUGUCUUCAUUUCAUACUGAAAAAUUGUAAUCGUGACAAUAUCGCGGAUUCCAAAGGAAAGCACAUGAGAAAUGACAAAGGUGCAGCAAGCUGGAAAGAAAGAGCAAACACACAUUUGAUAGUUGCUACACUCAUAACAACAGUUUCUUUCGCGGCUGGCUUUACCCUUCCUGGUGGCUACAAUGGUGACGACGGUGCAAACAAAGGCAUGGCAAUCCUAUCGAAGAAAGCAGCCUUGAAAGCAUUUGCAAUAGCAGAUACCAUUGCAAUGAUAUCAUCUACUGCUGCGGUAUUUCUGCAUUACCUUGCUACCUAUGACCAAGGGACCAUAAGCCGUUUUCGUUACUUAGGCGCUGGGACUCUUGUCAUGGUUGCCAUGGUAGCAAUGGUUGUAGCAUUCACGGCUGGCUUGUAUACGGUGCUGCCUAAUUCUGAAGGCAUAGCUUUAGUUAUCUGUGUAAUGUGUUCUUUGUCACUUGUUGUUUUUAUAAUUCUUUUGGGUAAGCGUAUCUAUGAUGAAUAUUACGGCUUUAGAAAGAUUGAAAAAGAAGAAGGGUCUUAA